CUCUGUUUGUGUUUUAUACAAGAAAGCAUUCUCACUGCGUUUUGGCCGUUUUAUGUCUCAUGUUUUUAUGGUAGAUAACACUAGUUUCAGAAUCUAAUUAUCGAUGUUUGGCACUAACAACUGAACCGUGGAUAACGAUGGGCCUCUUUCUCCAUGCAUGUAUUUUGAUUCGGAUUCUGCUUCUUCUUUGUUUCUGGAAUUUAUCAUCCAGUCAGAUUGUCUAUUCUGUCUCAGAGGAGGUGAACAAGGGAACCGUUGUUGGGAAUAUAGCCAAGGACCUCAAUCUCAAUGUUCAGGAAUUGGAGUCUCGUAUGUUUCAGAUUGUAGCCGGAUCUAACAAGAAGUAUUUUGAUGUAAAUGUUAAGACUGGUGCUCUGUUUGUGAUCGAGAGAAUUAAUCGAGAAGACCUAUGUGUGACGAGCAAGACUUGUGCCUUAAAUUUAGAGGCCCUAGCACAAAACCCGCAUAGUCUUUAUCGGAUCGAGAUAGAGAUUUUGGAUACAAAUGACAACGCACCAUUUUUCUCAGGUAAUAUACUUACAAUGAAUAUUACAGAGAUAGCUAUUUUAGGAGACAAAUUCCUCUUACCCAUUGCAAAAGAUCCAGAUGUUGGUAGUAACUCGGUAAACAGCUACAAGCUGAGUCCAAAUGAACACUUCUCUCUUGAUGUACAGAGCGGUGGAGAGCAGAGUGUGUCUGCGGAAUUAGUGCUAAAGAAAGCUUUAGACCGAGAGAAACAGGCUGUGAUCCAGCUGACACUGACUGCUGUUGAUGGAGGAAACCCUCCUCGAUCAGGGACGUUACAGAUAGUGGUAAACGUUAUGGAUAUAAAUGACAAUAAUCCAAUUUUCAGCAAACCUCUUUACAAAGUGAAAGUGAAUGAAAAUUCGCCGGUAGGAAAAAAAGUCACUUCUCUUCUUGCUUCGGAUAUAGAUGAAGGAGUAAAUGGUGAAGUAAUAUAUUCUCUAGUUGGAUAUGGGCCUGAUAACGAAGCUCUAUUCUCUAUCGUUCCUGAGACAGGGGUGAUUGAGGUAAAGGGAGUGAUUGACCAUGAACAAAAUGCUGCAAUUGAGUUAAGAGUCCAAGCAAAAGACAAGGGUAUUCCACCUAGGAGUACACGUUGUAAAGUCUUAGUUGAAGUUAUUGAUGAGAAUGAUAACACUCCAGAAAUAUCAGUGACGUCACUCAUUGACACUGUUCAGGAGGAUGUGAAAUCAGGCACAGCUGUUGCCUUAGUCACAGUCACUGACAAAGAUGGGGGUAAGAAUGGAGUAGUUCAGUGUAACAUUGCAGGUUCUGGUCCUUUCAAGUUGCAGUCUUCAAAUAAUAAUUACUAUUCUGUAUUAGUUAAUUGUCCACUAGACAGAGAACUUGUUUCAAUGUAUAAUGUAACCAUUGUUGCAACAGAUGAAGGAUCUCCACCUCUCUCCAGCACUAGAGUUAUUAGUGUGCACAUUUCUGAUGUGAAUGACAAUGCGCCUCGCUUUUCAGAGCCCAUAAUGGUGAAUUUAAAAGAAAACAGUCCAGUUGGAGGUCAUAUUGCCAGCUUGACUGCGAAUGAUUUAGACAUAAAUGAAAAUGCUCAGUUGUCUUAUUCAUUUUUAGAAGGCUUUAAUGCAAUACCCUUGUCUACAAUGAUAAACAUAAACUCUUUAACUGGUGAGAUAUAUAGCAUGCAGUCAUUUAACUAUGAAGAAGUAAAACAGUUCCAGUUCCAAGUUCAGGCCACA